ACUCCACAGUCUUAAGCUACAGUACGUGGAGAUUGCACUCUAGUCCCACUACCAAGCAACUUGUAGCCAACUACUUGAACAUUCAUUGUAAUAACAACAACAACCACGUCUCAAGAAACGAUGCAACACUGUAAUUGGGAUCGUAGCGUCCCAAGCGUAUUCGCCGCAUCUCCAUACAAUUCCUCAUCGUUCUACAUUGAUGAUAUUCUCAGUACAAGUACACAGAAACCUCCAUCCGCUUCUCUGUGCGCUUCUACGAUAUGUGAACCACCAAAACCACAYUGCAUCUCACCCGCGUUCCAUCUUCCUACGGCAUCAAGAACCUAUCCAAACUUAAACAUAAACAGUCCRUUUUCGCCGUACAACCGUCCCUUCAGCUUCCAGCCACCAGGGUUUCAAGCUCCUAGCAUCCCAAGUGUAUAUGAAGCUUAUAGCGAUCAUAGCGCUUGGAACCUCUUCCUCCCAAAACCACAAAAGAAAAAAGGUGGACAGGUCCGAUUUUCGAAUGAGCAGACCAUCGAACUAGAAAAAAUAUUCGAGAGUCAAAAAUAUCUGUCCCCUCCCGAACGCAAACAACUAUCAAAGGUACUAGGUCUGACUGAACGACAAGUGAAGACAUGGUUUCAGAACCGUCGAGCCAAAUGGCGGAGAUUUAAGCAAGAAUCCCAAAGCGAGAAAAGCUCGGAUAAACUAGAUGGGAACGAAGAAUCAACGAGAGAAWCUUCAAAAGAAGUGUCAUGAAGAUCGUUGACWGAGGGGGAAGACCUUCUAACUAUCUCAACGAACAGUCCAUUUCUGACGAGUAUUUAAGAGACAGUACAUGACUCAGAAAUAGCGACUAUAUAUAUUAAUAUUUCACGCCAAAAUAGGCACAAUGUWAUUCAGUUUUGUUAUCGAACAUGUAAACCAUGUUCUUUAACGUGUGUUACGAUGUGGYUCGAGCCACCCAUUCAUAACCUGCGCCUUAUGUUGGCCCAUUAUGAUACUUAACAUUACACCAUAUGRACUUUGUAUCAAUCGUGAUUUAUCCGAAAAUGACUUAAGGCAACUGUACAAAUCAGAGCAAUUGAAGCCGAUACUUUAAAAUUGCACUUGUAAUUACCAAUAAAUUGUAAAUUAACGCAAGUUUAAUUACACCCACGUCCUGUACAAGCAUCAGAAUUAAAUGUUCAAAAAUCUUAGAAAA